AGCUGUUUUCUCUCUGCGAGCUCGCGCUGUUUGUCCCGGCUCAGAUGCAGCCGAAGCCGCGCGUGAACCAACGUUGGAGGUUUCUCAUAUGCAGCAGCCCCAAGCAGGCGCAUCACACACCGGGUGAGCUGAAGACAUCAUCAAGAGGAGCGAAAUGACGCUCCCUGCCGGCAACGAGGCCGCGGAACUCACGCGCUGGGUCAGCCGCAACAACGCCUCCACGCGCUCCUCCGACAGUCGUGCAAUCAUGGCGUGGGAGUCCAAUUGCAGACCGAGCUCCUCUCCAGCGCCGCUCCAGACCAACAGCAACAGCAGCGGGGUUAUUUUAGACAUCUCCACCCUUAAGAUGGAGCAGCAGGAGAGCGAGGUGCCUCCGCUGCCACCCCGCUUCCGCUUCAGAGACCUGCUGCUCGGGGACCAGAGCUUCCAGAAUGAUGACAGGGUGCAGGUCGAGUUUUAUGUGAAUGAAAACACCUUCAAGGAGCGCCUGAAGCUUUUCUUCAUCAAAAACCAAAGAUCAAGCCUUAGAAUUCGUGUAUUCAACUUCUCCCUGAAGCUGCUCACCUGUCUGCUGUACAUAAUCCGAGUGGUGACAGACAACCCCGGUCAGAGCGCCAUCGCCAGCCCCAGCGCAGGACAGCAAAACGCUCCCAGCGGCAACAACAAAUGCGUUGAUUGCCAGUGGAACGGAUCAGUGCAGGACAGAGAAAUUAACUGGGAGUUGAUCUUUUGGGUGGAUAGGAAGGUUCCUGUCUGGGCCAUUCAAGUGAUUGUGGCCAUCAUUAGUUUCCUGGAGACUAUGUUACUGAUGUAUCUGAGCUACAAGGGGAACAUUUGGGAGCAGAUAUUCCAGGUGUCGUAUCUUCUGGAGAUGAUCAACACAGUUCCCUUCAUCAUUACGAUCUUCUGGCCCUCAAUAAGGAACAUCUUCAUUCCCGUGUUUCUCAACUGUUGGCUGGCCAAAUGUGCUUUGGAGAACAUGAUUAAUGAUGUCCACAGAGCGAUCCAGAGGACCAACUCAGCCAUGUUCAACCAGGUUCUCAUUCUCAUCUGUACUCUGCUCUGCCUCGUCUUCACUGGCACAUGUGGAAUCCAGCACCUGGAGCGAGCAGGAAAAAACCUCUCCCUCUUCAAUUCCUUCUACUUCUGCAUCGUCACUUUCUCCACCGUGGGCUUCGGAGACGUCACUCCCCGCAUAUGGCCGUCCCAGCUGCUGGUAGUCAUUAUGAUCUGUGUGGCUCUGGUGGUGCUGCCUCUGCAAUUUGAGGAGCUGAUCUACCUGUGGAUGGAGAGACAGAAGUCUGGAGGGAAUUACAGCCGCCACCGAGCGCAGACAGAGAAACAUGUAGUGCUGUGUGUCAGCGCGCUCAAAAUAGACCUUCUCAUGGAUUUUCUCAAUGAAUUCUACGCUCAUCCCAGACUGCAGGAUUACUACGUAGUGAUCCUGUGCCCAAGUGAAAUGGACCUCCAGGUGCGGAGAGUGCUGCAGAUCCCUCUGUGGUCUCAAAGGGUCAUCUAUCUGCAAGGAUCUGUUCUCAAAGACCAGGACCUGCUGAGAGCCAAAAUGGAUGAUGCCGAGGCUUGUUUCAUUCUAAGCAGUCGUAAUGAGGUGGAUCGCAUGGCUGCGGACCAUCAGACCAUCCUGAGAGCCUGGGCGGUGAAGGACUUUGCCCCAAACUGCCCCCUUUAUGUUCAGAUACUCAAACCUGAAAAUAAGUUCCAUGUCAAAUUUGCAGAUCACGUUGUGUGUGAGGAAGAGUUCAAGUAUGCCAUGUUGGCUCUCAACUGCGUGUGUCCUGCCACCUCCACCUUGGUCACACUCCUUGUGCACACCUCCCGUGGACGAGAGGUGAAUAAGCCCCCAAAGACAAAAGUUCAUUGUGGAGCACGGCAGGAAGUAAAAGAAGGACAACAGUCUCCGGAGCAGUGGCAGAGGAUGUAUGGAUGUUGCUCCGGCAACGAGGUCUACCACAUCCGACUGUGUGACAGCAAGUUCUUUGGAGAGUAUAAUGGCAAAAGCUUCACAUAUGCUUCCUUUCAUGCUCACAAGAAGUAUGGCGUGUGUUUGAUCGGUAUAAAGAGGGAGGACAACAAGAGCAUUCUGCUGAACCCUGGUCCACACCACAUCAUGGCUGCCACAGACACCUGCUACUACAUCAACAUCACCAAGGAGGAGAACUCAGCCUUCAUCUUCAACCAGGAGGAGAGGAAGGGGCGUCCUGUGGGGGGAAUCUAUGAUGGACCCUCACAGCUUCCUGUGCACAGCAUCAUUGCUAGCAUGGGCACUGUUGCCAUGGAUCUUCAGAAUACGAGUCCACCUGACGUCUCAAGUGAUAAACUGGUCCCACCUACAGUAAAUGGGACAGGGAGCCGCCGGCCGAGCAUCGCUCCAGUUCAGGAGAUUGCGGACUCCUCCUCAAUCCUGCCAUGUGACCUCCUUAGUGACCAAUCAGAGGAUGACUCCGUCUUCAUAGAUGAGAAAGGCCACUCGUCUACUGAGUAUGUGAAAGGUUAUCCCCCUAACUCUCCGUACAUUGGGAGCUCGCCCACCUUGUGCCAUCUGUUGGCUGAGAAAGCCCCGUUCUGCUGCCUACGACUGGACCAGGGUUGCAGGCACAACAGCUUUGAGGAUGCGAAGGCUUACGGUUUUAAAAACAAGCUCAUCAUUGUUUCCGCUGAGACUGCAGGGAACGGUCUCUAUAACUUUAUCGUGCCCCUCAGAGCUUAUUACAGACCCAGGAAAGAACUCAACCCGAUUGUCUUGCUACUGGAUAACCCGCCAGAUAAUCACUUUCUGGAGGCUAUCUGCUGUUUUCCGAUGGUUUACUACAUGGCUGGAACCAUAGACAAUCUAGACAGCCUGCUGCAGUGUGGCAUCAUAUACGCAGAUAAUUUGGUUGUUGUGGAUAAAGAGAGUACAAUGAGUGCUGAGGAGGAUUACAUGGCUGAUGCCAAAACUAUUGUCAACGUACAGACAAUGUUCAGGUUGUUUCCCAGUCUCAGCAUCAUCACAGAGCUUACUCAUCCAUCUAACAUGAGGUUCAUGCAGUUCAGAGCUAAGGAUUGCUAUUCAUUGGCUCUCUCCAAGCUGGAGAAAGUAAGACAUACAAGAGAUAUGUCAAGUGUGGUAUUGAUGAAGGAGCGCGAUAAAGGCUCCAACUUGGCCUUCAUGUUUCGCCUACCUUUCGCUGCUGGCAGAGUGUUCAGUAUCAGCAUGCUGGACACCCUGCUUUACCAGUCUUUUGUGAAGGACUACAUGAUCCUUAUUGCAAGGCUGCUGCUGGGACUGGACACCACACCAGGAUCAGGAUACCUCUGUGCUAUGAAAGUAACUGAGGAAGAUCUAUGGAUUAGUACUUAUGGCAGACUUUUCCAGAAGCUCUGCUCCUCUAGUGCAGAAAUUCCUAUUGGGAUAUAUCGGACAGAGUCACACAUUUUCUCUACUUCUGAGUCUCAGGUGUCAGUCAGCGUUGAUGAGUGUGAGGACACGAAGGACAGGGGUGACGAAUCUCAGAGCAACGACCCGUCAGAUCACCCCCUGCUGAGGAAGAAGAGCAUGCAGUGGGCACGGCGUCUGAGUAAGAAAAGUGUUAGGUGGCAGGGGGUGAACCGGGACUCGAGCAAGGACCACACCCAACGCAUUGCUCAGCAGCGCCUCAACCUCUACCGACGCUCUGAAAGGGAGGAGCUGUCUGAGCUGGUCCGCAACCGCAUGAGGCACCUGGGCCUCCCCACUUCAGGAUAUGAAGACCUAACUAAUCUGACAGCCAGUGACGUCAUGAACAGAGUCAAUCUGGGAUACCUACAAGAUGAGCAGAAUGAUCACCAAAACACUCUGUCCUACGUCCUGAUUAACCCUUCUCCCGACACCAGGCUGGAGCUCAAUGACAUUGUGUACUUGAUUCGUUCGGACCCUCUGGCUCACGUUCCUGAGGAGCCUCCUGUCCACAGCAGCAGUCUGAAAGAGAGACAGGAGUCUUGCACAGACACCAGAGAGGACACCCAGCUCUGAUACCGCGCUGAACUUGGUUCACUUCCUCCUAAUCAGCCCACUUUGGCUUUCCUGGAGGCCUUGUUGCGUCCAUGCAGAUCCAGUCUGAAAGAGGGCAGUUUGUGCUGUAAUGUUCCAGCACUGCAGUCUACUACUGUAUUAUAUGAGUGCCUACUAUUUGGCAGAUGACAUUUGACAUCAUCUGUGACAUUUUCAUUCUCUUGCCACAGACAUCAUAUAUAAGAAUGGUGUAUUCAUUUCUAUGAAAGCGCUUUCAGAUGAGCAGUUGGGGACCAGCUUGUUAACAGAUGAUUGCCGCUAACUGAAGGGAUUUCAGUCAGGUCUGUUGUCCCUGCAGUGUUACCCUUGGUUUGGCUUAAUCUGAUUCACCAAACAAAAGAAUUAAGAUCACAGGACCACCUUUAUGCUUUUUAUUGUCAUGAGGCCUCCUGAAAUUCAGGUUUUUGGGUUGUAGCUCCCUCAGGAAAAUUUGAACAUCAAGAUCAGAUGUUUUGAGAUGCAGGGGUUGGUGACUCUGACCAGGAUUAAAUCGGGCAUUAUCAGUCAUUUCUUGACUUGGGUAGGUUGUGCACUUUAUGAAGAGAUUACCAGAAACCAGAUGCACAUACAGUACAGUAUUCUAAAAUUUCCUAAACAGUACACACCAACCUAUUUACCACCCGUUGCAUAAAAACAAACAUAACCUUCAACACUAUGUGACUUAAAUGAAAUAUGUCCAUUAAAGCUUUCAUUUAAAGCUUAAUUUUUGUAGCUGAACAAUAGAGGUAGUUAUUCAGUGCUGUAGAGUCCUAAUUAGUACGUAAUGUACAAACAAUGAUGGUUACUUAUAUGUUCGCUGCAGUACAUUUCUUUAGGUUAGAUGAGGUUUUGCACUUCAAGGACUUAGUUCAACCCUUUAAACAGGCCGUGCCAUAUAAUCAAUAUUGUGCCAUAAAGGAUUUAUUUGAUGUUUACUAUAUUAGUCAUCAGAGAACCUAAUUUGUCUUUCAACGCUGUUCAGUGAAAGAAUUUGCUCAUUAAUUUCACAUUCGUGGCUAUACGGGCGAGGUAUGUAUUUUGAAAAUGCUACAUCUUGUACACAAGAAAUCUCUCUUUGACUUCGUACAUAUUUAAAUGUUGAAAAUAAGUGUACUUGAGUAUCAUUUUAUUUUGCACAUUAAAGUGCAAUAUGAUAAAAAAAAAACCUGCUGAAACUGUUAUGAGUUGGAUAAUAAUUUAGUCUUAGCGUUGCUAGCGUUUCUUGGAAGGAUGGAUGGAUGUGGAUAAUUGGUACGAUUUUAAGAUGAGCUAUCCCAAUUCAACUCUCACUACUGACAUUGUCUUCUCUACAUUUAAUUAUGUGAGAGUUCAUUUAUGUGUUACUAAACAGAGCAGACGAGGUAAAGGAUUGUCAUUUUCAAACAACGUAACGUGACUCCUUUCCUAAUGAGGUUGACUGACUGAAACAUCACAUUUUUUUAGACUAAAGGUCUGUUUUGUAUUGUUUCUGAGUUUCACUUGGCAUUAAACCUUAAACACAUUGAUGAAAAUACUGUAACUGAACCCUUUGCAUGAAGCAAAUAGUCAGAAAUAUGCCAGUUGAAUGUCAAGGCUAUAUAGUAUUCAUCUUUACACAUUUAAGAAAUUUCUGUUCAUACGUCUUGUCAAUCAAGCAAACAAUUACUGUAAAAUAUGUUGUGAAAAAUAUUCAGAUCCAUUCUAUGUUUUCCAUUUAUUUGUUAUAUAUUUAACAUUACAGUCCUUUUUGGGGUUCUGGAGACUCUAGGUCUUCUUUAACAACUGAAAAACCAUCCUUAACAUUGUUUUACCACCUUGAUACUUCAUGACUUCUUUCUUAUGUGAGAAUUGCUAUGAUUUUUAAAUGUUGACAUGUUUCAGUAGUUCGCUACAGACAACUACUUCUGUUUGAGGUCUCAGCCGUAAAACGUGGUUAAAUACAGUGGAUUUGCAUCUGCUCUGUAUCUGUGAUUGGUGUUGACAGAACUUUUUUGGAGUUUUGUAACAGUUUGUUCAUAAGAGGUCCCUGUUAAACCUCUCUGGGGUCUAUUUAACCCUCAAGCAUAAAUAGCAUCACUAUGAAGGAUAGCAAUGUACAUUUCUUUGUCUGUGAAUGAGUUUUUGCCAACCAAAAGGAUUAUGUGUUUGUUUAUGCCUAGCCCAUAUAACAUAUAAAACAUGAAAUAUUUCCUUAUUUUGAAUUAUAAUAAAGCUUUAUGGUCAUUUUGAUAGGUCCAGUUUGUGGCAAAGGGAUAAGUUACCACUUUUUUCUAUAUGAUGGGAUUUAAAAGGUCAGAAAAAAAUAUUUCAAGGAGAAAAAUUGGUUGAUUUUGGUUGGCAAUUAUUAUUUUUACACAUAGCAAUGUCAACAAAACACAAGGGUUAAUGUAAAAUGUGUGAUUUUUUUGCCCAUCACGAAUCAUUCAGAAAUCUGCAAGUUUAUUAAGAUUCAGAUACAGAAACCUCACUUGCUUUAUAUAUUCAGACGAUUUUUCAGGACUUUGUAGAGUCACUGUUCACAGUGGUUACAGCUGUGUUACAAGAGAAACUGUACAACCAGUCUAAGGUCAUGUACAGUCUAGAGCUUUUAAAAGACAUUUCUACAUUUGGCUCGGUGUCAGUAUUCCUGUAAUCCUGACUAUGUGUCCCUGCCACCGAAAACUUCUCAUAGCAUAAUGCUGUCACUUCACUGUAGAGACAAUUUAAUCCAAGUAAGGAGCAGCGGCUUUUUUGCCACAUGCAGCACCAGGCAAUCAGGCCAGACAGUUCAAUUUUUGUCUCAUUAGGCUAUAGAAAAUUUCAGUUUCUUUAAGUGUCGUUUGAUAUCUCCAGUCUGGCUGUAAUGUGUGUUUUAGUCAAAAGUGGCUUUCAGUCUAGACACUAUAAAGGAUUGAUUGAUAAAGUGCUGCAGAGUGUUUCUCUUCCUGGCUGCAGGUUUUUACCUUCUUUGCAGAGUUAUUCUGAAAUUAUUUGAAAGGUUGUUGGGUUCUUUUUGACAACUCUUGUUAGUGCAGGUUAAAGAAUAUGGCUGGACAGCAAGCCUCAGGAGAAGAGUCGGUGGUUUUGACAACCAAUUUCAUAAUGAUGGAGCGCAUUAUAAUUCUUGGAAGAUAAUUAGCCACAUGGCUCUAUUAAUGUGUUAGUCUGUUGGUCUAGUCUGAAAUAUCUCAACAAUUAUGGAUC